UUUCAAUUAUCUUUGCCGCCCUCUCUCUAUAUAGAGCCGAGCACAAAUGGUAAAAAAUAGAAAACAAGAACACAAAGGAAAAUUAGGCAAAGGCUGAGGCAGAACUGCAGAGAUUAAUUUAUUUUCGAUCAAAACAAGGACAAUGGCUCUACCUAUAAAAGAGAUUAAAACAUACCACUUCUACCCUUCAUUACGAGCGAGGGCAUGUCGUGUUUGGAUUUCUAAAUUUAAUGGCCAGCCAAGAAGUUUUAAUUGUGUUUUUGUUGAUAAUCAGGGUGGAGCUAUUCAAGGUUUAGCUAAAGCAAGGGAUCUCCCAACAUUUGCAGCAACAAUUAUUGAAGGAAAUCACUAUGAAAUCAAAGGAUUUUAUACUUAUGAAAACAGAGCAGUAAACAUAGUAGUUGCUGCCAAUAAUGCUAUAAUUGAUCUCAAAUCUAACACAAAAAUUGCAGCCAUUGAACCUAUUCAACCUUACGUUCCUAGAUACUACUUCAAAUUUAUUGACUAUGCAAAUAUUAUCACCAAUUCAAAAGGAUCCAGAAUUCUUACAGAUGUCAUUGGAAGACUUAAAGCAUUGCAACCACUCGAACAAGUUAUGGUUCGUGGAAAGAUGCUCGAAAAUAAGAGAGAAUUCAUGCUUGAGAACAUAUGUGGAGAGGAGCUUCACAUAACUCUUUGGGGCGAUAGUGCCCAAGACUUUGAUGAACUCGCUCUUCGCAACCUACCAUCUCCAGUCAUCAUUGCGUUUGCUGGAUUUCGUGUCACAGAAUUUAAGGGAAAACCAAAUCUUAACAGUACAGAUGCCUCUCUUUGGUACUUCAAUCCAGACAUACCAGAAUGUUCAACAUAUAAACAUUUCUUUGCACAACUAUCUGUUGAAAUCCAACAACUCCCCUCAUCCUCGAAUGCUGUUUUAUCGAUAGAGGAACAAAUCAAAGAAAAUAGGAGAACAAUACAUGAGAUUCUUUGCAUGAACCCUUAUGAGCACAAGCAUUUGAGAUUCACUUGUCAAGCUUUGAUUGUUGACUUUGAUUUUUCCAAUGGCUGGUGGUAUCCAAGCUGUCCAAAAUGCAACAAAAAACUUAGUUGGGGCGAAAACAUUUACACAUGCGUGGAUCAUGAUGCUAUCACCUCUCUUCCAGUUCCAUGGUUUCGCUUAGAAUGCAUUGUUACUGAUGGAGAAGAUGUCACUAAUUUCCUUCUAUUUGGGAAAACUGCUGAGAACUUUUUUGGAUCAUCAGCCUACCAUUAUGUCUAUGAUAAAAAAUUUAUUGAUCCUUCAGUUAUUCCUCCUGCCAUGGCAGCAAAGUUAAACAAAAGCAUGAUUUUUCAGCUUCGUUUUGGUGCUUUCGGAUUCACCACCAACAACAGAUGUGAAAUUAUCAUUACUAAUAUCUUUGAUGACACCACAAAUAAGAACAUCCAUCCUCUAGAGACACCACUUAUAGAAGCUAAAUCAUCUACUACAUCCAAGACAUCUACUCCAUUAAGCUCUACAAAACAGGUUCUUAUAGGUCCAUGUACUCCACAAAAUACAAUCACACAACUCAAGAUUGCUUCUAGUUCCUUGAAGACACCAUCCCGGAACAUAUCGCUAAACAAGGAAACAAGCUUGAAUUAUGAAGCACGACGUGCACUUGAUUUUGAAGCUACAACACAGCAACUUAGUAUUGACGAUCAGUGUGGCAACGUAAUUGAAGCUGAAGGAAGCCUGGGAAACAUAGCUACAUCUGAUACAUUUGAUCACUUACUUCCACAUCUGAAAAAACAACGAACAAAAUCCUCAUCAUCCUCAAAGGAGAACUAGCAAUUUCUCUAAUAAUGACUUGGAUUUGGAUUUCUACAACAAGAAGAUAAUUGCUACCUUUGCAAUUUUGAUAUAAUUUGCAAACAACACUGUUCUUUAAAUGCCCAACAAUCUAGCAACUUAUUUGCACUUUUGCUAUUGUUUAUAACUUUAUCUAUAUUAUCAAACCUUUGAUACUA